GAUGGACCCAGUGGAACUGAGUUUGAUUCUCAGCCACUGCUAACAUCAGCGGAGAGUGCAGUGUGAACCAGUCUUGGACCCCUCAGCUUCUCCAAAGUGCACUGACUAACAGUAGCGAAUAUAAUCUCACUACGACUGAUUCUUCACAGGGAAGCCUUCACUCGAUUGACGAAGGGCUGUAAUUACAUAUUAAUUCCACCAAAUGUAAUUUUUUCCAAUGUAGCCAUAAAUUAAACCACACAUGUCCUUACCUCUAAAAUGUCUUGGGUUUCCAUGCCAAUGCUUAGUACUAAACAUUUCAAAAAGGGACAUUUCCACACACAUGCAAAUCUGCACAGACGGAACCACUGUUUCUGGGUCACCUGAUUUGCGACUUCACUACAGAUACCACUAUCUGCUCUGCUUGUGUUGCACACGCUCAGGUUGCAGGCUGCCCUAUCUUGUUUAUAAUGUCCCAUCUAUGUUUUCCAAGUAAUUUGCAUGCAUUCACUUGGAUGACGUAUUUUCGCUUGGCCAGAUGCCGGAAGAUGUAAAGGGGUAGGAAGUGGAGAAACGGUCAGCUCUUCACAUAUUAAAACAAGGCACCAAACACCAUGUGACAUUUAACAAGAAUCUCGAACAGACUACAUUCAUAAUAAAUGUGUAAUAGCGGCCUGCAGAAAUGUAUGCAGGGAAAAAAAUAAAAAUAAAAUCUAAAUCAAGUUAUAAACAGUUGGGCAGUGCUCUUCUUUGGCAGUCCCGAUCCCGGAUUGAUGCCGUGGGGAGCCAGACUCUCCUGAGUACAUCAACUGAUGACUGUACACAAAGUGUUGCAAAUUUAAUAAACCCAGAAAGGAUGAUGGGCUGAGCCUACUCCUGGUCUUUAAAACAAAUAAAAUAACAAUGGGAGUGGCUACAAUGUUUUCAAGAUGCUGCAGAAGUUGUAAACCAUGGAUCAUCUCAGUCCUUUGCACUGGGUGUCAGUUGGUAGAAAAUGUGAACGUGAAACAUUGUUGGUAUCUUUUAAGCGGUAACACAUUUUGAAACCUCUGUAUUUGCCAGAAUUAUUGAUCAAUUGUAUUACAAUCUGUCAUUAUGUAAGUUCUAUUGGUAUACAUUUUGUUAUUACAAGAACGACAGAUGAAAUUGAGAAUAACUGAACAGGAAUUUGAUGUUUUGCAUCAAAGUUGAACAUCUUACCUAGAUAUAUUAUCAAUGCACUCACAAUUCGGCAACAUAGGACAUUUAAUAUUUUAUUUUCAGAGAAAUUGAUAAUAUCGCAGAUGAAGAGACCAAACAAGAGCAAAGACUCAAUCAAAAUUGUAUCUAGUUUGUAUUGUUUUUUAAACAUCGCAUUUGGUGUGCAAUCAGUUUGUAAUCAUUGGGGUGGGGGGGGGUAUGACCAAUAUUUGAACUUGCGAUCUGCGAUUCAACUAAUAGGCAAUACAAUAACUUUCCAUUUCAACACAAAAUAUACAAAAAUACACUUGCGAUGUAUGAUAUUUAACAGUAAAUCAACGUUGUAAUAAAUAAUUUAGCCAGAAUAGCAUUCGUGAGCCUCAACGCUCUUUCAGUUGGAUGCUGCUUGGGUUGUUUGGCUAAUUUCUUUUAGAGAAUGUUUGCAAAUAGGAGGAGGCUGGAGUACUCGGAAAAAAACCUCACACUUAAAAGGGGAUAACACUGCAUAAUUAGGAUGGAUGCAGUAGGCCAGCGACUUUCUUUCUACAAUGCCACCCAUGGAUCCUUCAUGUUUCUCAUUAUACAACCAUCGUUUGCGAUUAAAAACGUGAUUUGUAACUUUCAUGCUUACACAUGUAUCAAUAGUUCAAUUUAAUGGGCAAUUUUAUUGAGGGACUAUCUGUUGUUUUGGUGUGUUCUGGGAAUGAUUAAGCUCUUGUUUUGCUGCCUUGUCCAAGUUUGGGAACUGGUGUACUUGUGCAACUUUGACGUAAAACGUUAUGUAUUUUACGUAUACAAUUUUCUUAUGAUUUGCACUCCUAUCUUUGUUUGUAUUGUUUGUUGUUGUAACUUUCUGACCCACAUAUACUGCAAAUUUAUGAAAAAGAGCUUCAUAGAUAAUCGGAUUUCUCCAGGAUAAAUAGAGAUUCUGAUGCUGAUCAUUAAACUGGUCAGACUACUACCGUUGUGUGAAAUAGGUUAGAGUCAAGGAAGCAAAUGUUAACAAAGGAAAUUGAAUAUUGUAGACUAGGACAAAGAGGUUAUUAUGAGUUCCAGUGAGGGGUUAGAGGAUGUGGCCUCAAAUGAACCAAGUUUGCCUGAGGACAAUGGGGAAACAUUUUUGAAAGUCAUGAUGGGUGAUGACUUUUAUAAAACUCUAUCACAUCAAUACCUGCUCGAGUGCAGAAAUUAGCUGGUUCAUAUCAAACAUUCCUAUGUAUAGACAAAGUAACUCCCUUGUAAUAUUUCCGGAGAGACUUUGAAAAGUACUGUCAUUGAGUACUUGCUGAGGCCAGGACGGCACACGAGAGUGGGGUAUGGAUAGAAACGCGUACACACCUGGCCACUUUUGUCUCCCUAUAAUUUGGCCAUUUAUGACUACGCCACGCAAGAGAUGAUUACGGUCAAUCCCGUUAAUGCCACCGCAGCUCAAAAUUGCUUGCUACCUUCUGCUAGAUCACAAAAAUGUCACACAGCUGACUCUACACAUAACCGUCAAAUUCCAAUUUAACAUUUUUAUUAUCAUCAUCACCACCAUCUGGCAUUAGGUUUUAGGUCUAUCCCUGGGUCACCGACCUCUGGAUGCCAAGCCGAAGUGUCUCCCUGCUUAAACAAGUGUCUGGCAAUGUUGACCUCAAUUGGUGAACGCUUCUCCACACGGUCCUGUAAAUCCCCCUCACCAGUCACAUUAUGAAUCUACCAGUCUAGUGGUACUCAUUUUAUCAACCAGAUAGGAGAAAAUGAGUUCAGUCAGCCAUCAACCAGGAUUUUGAGUUUUGCCACGAUCUGAUAGCGACUGUGAAUUUCUUAAGAUUGAUGGUAGUUUUUCAAGAAUGAUACCACUUCUGGUAUACAUAUGGAACUUUUCCAACACGUAGCUUAGCAAGCCCGGGGAAAAAUACUAAAUAGAGGAAAACCUUGCCCAACGCGUGUUAGUCGAAUGCGUGUUUCGUUUACACACGGUUUAAAAACUUAGGUCUGUUCUACAAAACACGGGGGUGAUGUUUCGACAAUACAUUAUGCGGUUUGACGCUGCUAAUAUUAUCAUGUCCAUGUUGAAAAGUAAUGGCCGCAGAGUGUUACAUCGGUUGGAAGGUGUGAAUGCAUCGACUAUGAGAACGAUUUAUUUACCGUGUAUGUUUUGUGUGUGUAUGUUUUUGUAUAAUAAUGUAACACACUCAACACGCAGAGCAGCAAAAUACAAAUGCUCACAAUGCCGCAUCACUGUCCACCUGGCGCUCCACUCGUUGUUUUGGGCAACGCUCCUCUGACCUCCAUUGUUGUUGGAGGGCGACUGCCUCCAACUCUCUAGUUAUGUCCUUCCCGAGCCUCGUCCACAGUCAUCAGCUCGUCUGAUCAGCUCCACAUCCUCCUAUACAGUAUUAGUCCAUAAUGUUUCUACCCGUGCCGUGCUCUUUUAGCCUCCUCUAUCCGGCCAAGCAGAAGCUGCUUGGGCAUGCAGUUGAUGGGCAUGUGGGCUCCAUAAUCCAGCCAACGCAGCCUUGCCUGCCUGAGGAGCUCAUUUUUGGGAGUGACCAGAUCUGUCAACCAUCGGUCAGCUUCACAUAUUCCAUUAUAACCUAACCGAUACAAAAAUCUGUCUUUAAAGUUGGUUUGGUAUCAUCAGCAAGAUUAACACUGUAUCACUUCCUGCUGGCCAAGAGAAACAAAAAUAUGAAUUUGUAAUUUGCAUGCCAGCUCGAUGUGGGCAGUUUUUCAGAUAGGGAAGUAUUCUGAUUGCAAUCUGAGGGUUCAUGUGGACAGCAGAUUCUGUAUAAAAACCAAGACGGCCCAGCAGUGAGACACGGUAGUGGAAAGGAAAGACUCGUGCACAAGAAGCUCCAAGUCUUCAAUCAACUCCAGUUCUUCGAUCAGCCAUGCUCGCCUUUCUCGUCUGCGCUGCUCUGCUGGUUGGAGCUGAGGUGUCUGCUCAGAGUUGUGGGAUCGCAGCGUAUUCCCAGAUCCGCGUGGUGAACGGCGUGGAGGCUCGCGCCAACUCCUGGCCUUGGCAGGCGCUCGUGCAGAGGUACUCUGGAGGAAGAUGGGUCAACUACUGUGGAGGAACCCUCAUUGAUAGUCAAUGGGUGCUUUCCUCUGCGAGCUGCUACACGAGUGGCUACAGCUACAGGGUGGUGCUGGGAAAGCACAGUGUGUCCACAACCGAGUCGGGGCAAGUCACACCUGCAUUGAGCCUGAUCGCCUGGCAUAGCUCCUGGAAUCCCAGCAUCCCGGCCAAUGGGUACGACAUCGCCAUGUUCAAGAUUGCGUCGCCCGUGACUCUUUCCAGCAAGGUGCGCCUCGCCUGCCUGCCCAGCGCCAACCAGAUACUGCCCAACAACUACCCGUGCUACGUUACAGGCUGGGGAUCCCUUUCCACCAGCGGCCCCUUCCCCAGCGAGCUGCAGCAGGCCAGCCUGCCCGUGGUGGACUACGCGACGUGCAGCCAGGCCAGCUGGUGGGGGAGCAGCCUGAAGAGCAGCGUGAUCUGCGCGGGGGGCAGCACCCGCUCUGCGUGCUAUGGUGAUGGAGGUGGCCCGCUGAACUGCCAGCGGUCGGACAAUGCCUGGGUGGUGCAGGGAAUCUCCAGCUACGUCUCAUCUCUGGGCUGCAACACGAUUCGCAAGCCCACCGUGUUCACCCGUGUGUCAGCCUACAACAGCUGGAUCAGCAACGUCAUGAGCGUGUACCGUGAAGCCCCAAAGCUCGCCGAUGGAGAGCAGCGCGUCAACAGCGGAGCCAAUGCCACAAUUGCUGCAUUCAGGCAGCCACAGGAGUAAAGCUAUAUGCUCUUUACAUCAAUGCUACAACUAACCUUAGAAUUAUAGUAUCUUGCUAUGGGUAUUUAGUUUUAAGAUUGGACUGGGCAUGUGGUUCAAUGCAGUGAGUUUGUGUGGUCACAUUGCUAUACAUGUCAUCACCUAUGAUAGUAAACGCUGCUCAUGUGACCACUGUCAAAAAGACUGACUCCAUUUUGCAUGAAUACCGGAUGUUAAGUAGUUAUCUUUGUAUUUUCUGACGAAAGAAAGUGGCAAUAAAACCAGCAUGCAUACUGGAUCAUAAAGUGCCAUUUAUAUCACUUGAGAAGUUAUUGAUUGAAUCUGAAAUAUUAGGAUGAGGCCGAGGCAGCAUGAGUUAAAUUUCUUCCAUUGUCAUAGUAGUGGGGAAUGGAACAUCAUGUGUUAUUGUAGGACGACAGCUGAUUCAGGGCGAUGCGAUUUUGGCUUGGUGUAAAUGCAAUUUGGAGAACAAAUAAAGUACCUGGUUUGUUGAA